AUGACCGACACAACCUGGCAUUUAUCCACUCCAAAAGAGUUAAAACGAGAAUAUAAAGAAAUGCACAAUAUGGAUAGGGUCGAAAUAAUACCAAUCAUAUUAUCUAAAUUGAAAAAUAAUAAUAAUAAUAAUGAAAAUAUGGUGAAUAAUAAUAAUGUAAACAAGUCGCUGCCUGGGGAUCGCCAGGGCGGGUUUGGAGCCGACGCUAAACUCGACAGCUUGCGGGACGUCGGUGACAGGAAGCUGAACAGGCGGGCUACUGUCAUUCAAAAACCUACAGCCGACCUCAACCUUAUUCUCAAUAACAAUCAGUACAAAGAAACAACAACCUUCCUGAGAGUGGAUAUUGUUGGAGAUGGAAGUUGUCUCUUCAGAGCAGUGAGCAAAUUUUUGUAUGACCAUCAAGAUUAA